UGUCCGAGAGGGAAGAAAAAUCCAGAAUGGCUGAUUUCUCCCACACUAGGAACUCAUUUUCCAAGGCUUAUGAUGGAACUUACAUCUCUGCCUAAGCUCCUCUGGACAAGUGAUAACAAGGCCCUGCAUCACCAUUUUCCAGAUGUAUUGGCAACUGUUCAUACCACCCAAGACAUCCCAGAAGAGGCCAUUUUUGGACCAUGUAUCCUCCAGAAUACUUUGUUGGACACUAUAGCUUUUAUUGCUCUCAAAUGCUCUGAUCGAAGAAAUAUCCAUUAUGUAUUUAAGGUAGAUGUCUCCUCAGUGCAUAGCCCCACUGGACUGCCCUGGAUGAGGCUUGUUCAAGCAGCUGCCAAUAGCAAGGAACAGAACUUGGAAGCCUAUUUAAAAAACAGUCAGUUGUACUUUCGGUCUACUAGGAAAAUAAACAGAAAUGAAGAGCUCCUUGUUUGGUAUGAUGCAGAGCUUUCCAGCCUCCUUGGUUUUAAUGAGAUAAAAGCCAGAACUCUCCAAAAUGAGCUGAAGUGCCCCGAAUGUGACCAGGUCUUUACAUGUGAGCAUUCGUAUCUCUCUCAUAUCCGGUUCCUCUGCAUCCCAGAGAAGAACGCCCUGCUGUGGAGAAACCUCCAGGACCGUAAGGCUUUGAAAAGCAACAUAGCUGAGCAGGCCACAAACUUUCACAGCUUGGUGAGGGACCUGGAGAUCAAAAUGUCUGCCAAGAAAGAUGAUGCCCAUGGCACAGGCGAUAGGAGAACAAAAUCAGAAGAGGUGGAAAACAGGAGCAGGAAAACAGUGUUGUUAGAGAAAACCAAUAACCUGGGGGAGGAGCACAGCUAUGGGGGCAAGGAGGAAGUGGGUGGGGAGCACGUGUUGGGUGGUUCCUUCUGGAAGAUCAGUUCAGGGAGGCAGGCAACUAAGAAGGACAACUCAGAGCAGAAACAGAGUGCUUUCACUGAGGUUAGGAGGACAAAGGACAAACUGAGGAGCGAGAGAGCUAAGGAACUGGAGCAAGCAGAUGGCCUAGUCCAGUAUGGAAAGGAGCAGAUCCCCAAGGAUGUAACACUGAACUCUUCUGGUAGUGCUUUCUCCUUUGUGUGGCCCACCAGAGCCCGAGGUGAGCAGAAAAGUGCUUUUAGUAAACCCACCAAAUGUGUAGUGGAUAAGGGAGCGGUAAACUCCCUUCACCCUGUGAAUGAUUCAACAAAGAGUCUGGGGGACCUAUCUAGCUUCAUCACCACCACAGACAUCAUGUGCUAUGGUAAUCUUUUGAAUUCCAAGUUCUUUGUUGGUGAUUUGGGUAACUCUCGGAUGCUGCAGACCAGCAUUACUCAGAGUGGAGCUUUCUCAUACUCCUCAGAACCGUGGCACAAACAAAUGGGAGGGCAGUUGCAGAGUACCACCACUUCCUCUUCCUCCUCCUCCUUGACACUGCUGCCUCCCACGUUCACCUCCUUUGGUGUGGCUGCCCAGAACUGGUGUGCCAAAUGCAACCUCUCUUUCCGUAUGACGUCUGACCUGGUCUUCCACAUGCGAUCCCACCAUAAAAAAGAAUACUCCUCUGCUGAGUCUCAGUGCAAGAGGAGACGUGAAGAGAAGCUAAAAUGUCCAAUAUGCCACGAGUACUUUCGGGAACGCCACCAUUUAUCAAGGCACAUGACCUCUCAUAAUUAGAGCCAUUAUACUGAUCCUGCCAAGACACUGGGUAGGAAGGGGGAAGGGAAAAACAUUUUCAUUUGUAUCAUUUUUUGUGUUUAAAUUAAUUUCUUAUUGGAAGCAGCUGGUUAUAAUAAUUUAUGAUAGACACUUCAUGAGAAAGAUAAAAGUGUUUACAGGACUCCAAGUGGGUUGUAAGAUUUGAAAAUGCAAC